AUGACAAUGUUCGCAUCUCGCGAAAAAUUUGUGUGCGUCGAAAAGGGCAUUGCUUAUGAGGCAAAAAUAAGGCGCAUCAGAACUUCCUAUAGAGGAACAUUCUACAUCGUCCACUUCCAAGGCUGGAGUGAAAGGUCCAAUAUAAGAGUGCAGGUGGGAAAAGAGGAAGGAAAAAUGUUUAAAGGAACAUUGCAAGAAUAUAAUGAAAAAUAUGGAGUGAAUGAGCAACAAGAGGAGGAGAACGUUGAGGUCGAGAACGUUCCAGUUCCCGUAGUGGAACCAAAAAAGUCGAGGAAGAGGAAGCAUUCCCCAAUAAAAAUCGAAGGAGCGGUGGAAAUUUCAGGCCCACGAGCAAGAAGAAGCGCAGCCAAGCAGGUUAUUGAGGAAUUUACACUAGAUAAAUUUGUGAUGUCAAGACGAUUGAGACGCAUUGAAGAUGAUGAUAGAAAAUUGAGAAUUCGACACCACAUUCGUAUCAAGAUGCCAUGCAGAGUGCCAAUAAAUGAAAUUGUUAAUGAUUACGUUCGCACACUUCGUAGAUUCAACAAAAAUCAAAGGAUAACAAGAGCACAUAUCCAAAAGUGGGCUCCGUCGGUCUUGGCUCUUGUAGAUCAUUUUAACAGCAACAUGAAGAGAUGGAUGUACGGAGUUCUCGAAGAGUGGGAAUAUCCAGAACUCGACGAAUACGGAGAUAAUCCUUCCCAGUACUACGGAAUCAUUCAUCUUGGUCGGUGUGUAAAGAAAAUGAAAGGAAUUUAUGAGUUGUUCACCAAGGAGCGAGCUUCUAUAGAGUUCAUCAUGUCCGGACUCGGAGGAUUCAAUAAAUUCAUCGAUAAACACUACGAGAAAUAUUAUCGGCGAUCCGAAGAUUAUGAGAAUUUGGCUGAAUAUCAAUUUGAGUACAGAACCAGUUAUUGA